UGGAGAAACAUUGUGUAAAGCAUUCUGUGUAUCUCCGAGAGGAAGACGCAUUCAGAGAUUUACAGUAAAUAGGCCUAACCAGCAGAUAGAGACAGGUAACUCUGCUAGCUGUAGUGGGGCAUCAGUAAUCCAGGUAUAUUAGAGUCUAGUACAGGAGUUGGACAUAGUUGCUGUACAUAUCCGGAGUGUGUUCCUUCAAGACUGAACAGCGUUUCUCACUAUCUGUUUAUGAACAAAGAUGGCUACCUUCGCCAACCACUCAACAAAUGAGAGCAGCGGGCACAGCUGGCGCUGUCAAUUCAAGGAGGACUUCAAGUACAUCCUGCUUCCUGUCAGCUACACUCUGGUCUUCGUGAUUGGCCUAGCCCUGAAUGUCACGGCCAUGUACGUGAUCCUGUUCCGUACAAAACGCUGGAAGCCCUCCACGGUGUACAUGUUCAACCUGACAGUGUGCGACACCCUCUACAUCCUCACCCUACCCUUCCUAAUCUACUACUACGCCGACGAGAACGACUGGCCCUUCAGCGAACCGUUCUGCAAACUCAUCCGCUUCCUGUUCUACGCUAACCUCUACGGUUCCAUCCUGUUCCUGUGCUGCAUCAGCCUACACCGCUUCCUGGGUGUGUGCUACCCGAUGAGGUCACUGAGCUGGGUCAGCUCCCGGAGAGCCCGGCUGGUGUCUGCGGCGGUGUGGGCGUGUGUGUUGAUGUGCCAGGCUCCCGUGCUCUACUUCUCACGCACCAGGGACGAGGGGACAGAGAGGGUGUGUUUCGACACGUCCAGUCCAGAGUUAUUUCAUGACUUCCUGGUGUACAGCUCGGUGGUGUCUAUCCUGAUGUUUGCCUUCCCUUUCAUGGUGGUGAUGGUGUGCUAUGGACUGAUGGUGAGGAAGCUUCUGGAGCCCACCUGGGGGGCAGGAGGGAGCCAGUCGAGGGGAGUCGGGGGGCUCGCUGCUCAUCGCUCCAAACACAAGUCUGUGAAGAUGAUAAUCAUCGUGUUAGCAGUGUUCAUGCUGUGUUUCCUACCCUUCCACCUGACCAGAAGUCUGUACUACUCCCUCAGAUACCUGGAGCAAAUGGAUCCCUCCCAGGUGAGCUGUGAGCUGCUGAGGGUGUCCAGCAUGGCCUAUAAGGUAACACGCCCCCUGGCCAGCGCCAACAGCUGUGUGGAUCCCAUCCUCUACUUCAUGGCUGGACAGGGUUUCCGCAGCAACUUCACUAACAGAAGCAGGGCAUCACAAAUGAAACCAGGAAGCGUGACGGGGGCACUCUCAACGCAGCUCUGACCGACAGGAAGAUCAAUCUAUUAUCUGAAUAGCUAUGGAACACAUUGUGUAUUCCAUUGGAAUGGAGAGAACACAUUGUGUAUUCCAUUGGAAUGGAGAGAACACAUUGUGUAUUCCAUUGGAAUGGAGAGAACACAUUGUGUAUUCCAUUGGAAUGGAGAGAACACAUUGUGUAUUCCAUUGGAAUGGAGAGAACACAUUGUGUAUUCCAUUGGAAUGGAGAGAACACAUUGUGUAUUCCAUUGGAAUGGAGAGAACACAUUGUGUAUUCCAUUGGAAUGAAGAGAACACAGUUGGACAAAGACACUGGCUGGAUGAUUUGACCCUGCUGGUCAUUUAUGAACAUUUGAACAUCUUGGCCAUGUUCUGUUAUAAUCUCCACCCGGCACAGCCAGAAGAGGACUGGCCACCCCUCAUAGCCUGGUUC